AUCACAGUUGAAAUGUGGAUUUGCUGUCAUAUCCAAGGAUAUCGAGUGUGGUACUGACGCUUCAUACCCCAAUGACAAGAGUGUGAUCCCCUUGAAACAAUGUAAGAAGGACGUGCACUCCCAUUUGAUGCGUUGGAUGUCCUCCAGGAAAGCCAGUCAAGUCAAAAGUGAAUGGGAGCUCAUAGCACUUCGUGCUGGCGUGUUUGAUAUGAGUUCUCCAGUUCUGGACACCACAAUAUGCCCGAACCACCGAUACAAGUUGAGUUUAUCAUGGAAUCAGCAAAGGAGAUGCCAGCACCCACUUCAUCAACCCUCUAAAACAAGUCGGAAGCCCAGAAAAGAUGGUGGUUCAGUUCAUCGAGUGAUGUCUCGGGAAAUAUACAUCAAGUGGGGAGUUUUUGUCCCAGUUGGCUCAGCUCUGUGUAAAGGAUGUGAGGCUAAACAUCGAGUAUCUGUGGCAAAUGUAGAACCAGAAGUAGAACCAGCACCCAUGGAUACAGAGUCCGCUGUUGCCUCUUCCUCUGUUCAACCAGCCGACGCCUUAGAAAACCCAGCAGACGGGACAGAAGGGCAAUCUCUCAAGUCAGAUAUACAUGUAAAUGUAGGCCAUGAGGGAGGAGUUGGAGAUGUUCAGUAUCCAAUUAAGAUUCAAUCAGCAAGUGGUGGUGAAGGUGAUGGAUCUUCCUCUGAAACAGAUUUGCUUAUCAAGGGUCACCACUUUUUACCAGGGAAUGGUGGCUCGAGCCCUAGCACAGAGACUACUAGUGGGAAUAAUGAUGCUCGUGAUAUACUAGACAUCACGUGGGCCCCAACCCCAGCGCCAAAGAAUUUUGAGCUUGCCACGCUGAAUAGGUUUCUGCAGCAGGGAGGAUGUGCACCAGUAGAAGGCCAGCUCCAAACUGCAAUUGGUUAA